AGACACGAGUUGAAAUGUCUCUGAACACGGCGCUAUCCGCGGGAAGGUACCGGCACUUCCGCUACCUCCUCGGCACGGGGGCUGACGUGAACUCUCGGGGACCGGACGGCACCACGCCGCUCAUGCAGUGCUGCCACCUGCCGAACGAGCACGUCGCGUACCGCGCGGCCUGCUGCCUGCUCCGCCGAGGCGCCGACGUCGGGAUGAAGGACCGGGCCGGGAGAAACGCUCUCCUGCACGCCUGCGUGACGGGACGCCGCUCUCACGUCGAGCUGUUCCUCCAGCCUGUCUGGUUAGACUAUGAUCUCAACGACACGGACAAGGCUGGAAACACUGCCCUACACUACGCCGUAGCGUUCGGCAACCCCGACAUUGUCCAGCUGGUUGUUACAGUACAGAAGAAGUACAACCUCCGACUUCACGUACGGAACAACAGCGGACUGACUCCGUACUGUCUGGCGAUAAAGAAGGGUCUGAAGGAAUGUGCGGAUAUCAUAUCCCCUGUUUUGCAGGGUUGUUCGCCUAACCAAGAGUCUCUCGGUCGGAUAUCUUCGCUUGAAUCAGUCCGUAGACCAUGUCGGGUGCAGUCAGCGAGGGAAGGAAAGGACCAAGAUUUCGAGCUGCUACAGGGUAAGGAUGUGGUGUUCAUGAAUAGCUCAUCCACUUUGUGGGACAUGAGGAAGACAACAGAAACCUCUUUAUCAUCGAAGAGCUCCUCCAGACAGAUCAGCACCGGUAAAAAGACCAGGAAUGUCGCCCCUGUAAGAACAGGCGCGGGAAAGAAAGACAGUGAAAUGACAUCCGCUGACCGAGUCAGACAGUUGUUACUCAUCCAGGCGCUGGACCAACUCCCAACGUUCCGGAAAGCUGCCGUGCCGCCGCCUGAUCGCGACGUCUGGAACCGUCCACUCGUAACUCCCCGAAACGACAACGUACCUUCCAAGGAGCAAGGUAUCCUUAAAGUAGCCUCAUUGUUGGCGUCGAGGGCGUCCGCACCAUCUCGCGCUGAGAGUGAACCAAACCUGCUGAAAAGCUGGAAGAGGUCUGCGUUCGUGUCGCGGCGAAGAACCGUUAGUAACAGUAAUAAUACCUCACUGUCCCCUCAGCCAGGCACACAGCGAUCCGGCUCUGACAGUCCGGCAUCAGGCGCCGCCCGCGGCCGGCGACUGGCCAGAGACGUCUUGCUAUCUGCGUCUAACGUCAACGAGAAGGUCGCUGUAUCAUCCACCGCACCAACAGCGUCGUAA